AUGUCCCAGCAAGUUCUACUAGACUUGCCCAGCAUUGACUGGCCCAAAUUGCGGGACACUAUUCUCGCCUCUUCAAUUUAUGCUCUGACAGAGGUGAAUAACUGGUCAAUCAGGCAUCCAUAUGUCGCAGCUGGAGCUCUGAUAUGCAUCUCUAUCAGUCCUGAUAUCUUACUUACGCCACUACGGCUCACAGGGAGAACAACACUUUAUAUCUGUCUCCUCCCACUUCGGUUGAUCCUCUGGCCCUUCAAGCUCUUGGGGAGGUUCAUCCUGUAUAUUUUCGGUUUCAGGAGAUAUGGCGUAGCGAAAGGUACAUCCCAAUCAAUCAACUACAGGUGUCUCAUGACCCUAAACGCGAAUAUGACAGAUUCAUUGGCAUCCCAGUACCAGUCCCACAUAUAUGGUGGUUACGUGCCACAGGACUCUACCUUUGCAAGAUUCCAGUCAUACGGGGCUGCUGAGUAUUACGAUGACUUGGAAGCGCUGAGAUCAGCGAACGUUGAUGAUGACGAGAACACAAAUCUUGAAGUAGGAUUGAUACUUGCGGUUGGCGUCUCCUGGCUGUCAGCUAUUGGAGCUGUGUUUGUCUUGGGCAGGACGUGGGGGUGGUGGAAUUGA